AUGGAGCAAGUGAAGAAGAGAAGAAGGUGUACUCGUUGUGGACUUCAUGGUCAUAAUUUCAGAACCUGUGAACACAAGGGAGAUUGUGUAAUGCUUUUUGGUGUGAAUGUAGCAGCAGCCAUGGAUCAAAAUCAAGAAUGUUUCGGAAAAAAGAAUCUUUGCAUGGGAAACCCGCAGGCUGCAGAAAGAAAAGGGAAGCCAUGGACGGAGGAGGAGCAUAGAAUGUUCUUAGAAGGUUUAAGAAAGCUGGGGAAAGGUGAUUGGAAAGAAAUUUCAAAGAAUUAUGUAACCAGUAGGACCUCAGUUCAAGUUGCAAGCCAUGCACAAAAAUAUUUUCUCAGACAGAAGCGAGAUAAGAAAACACUCAGGCAAAGCUUAUUUGACAUGCCUUUUCAACAAUCUGAAUCCAAUUCUCAUGAAUGCCCUUGGGGUUCCUCAUCUCAUACUGUGAACCGAUUUCCACCGAUUUUCUCCGAUGAUUACCCGAUCACGCCGAUGAUUGAAUUCCCAAUUUUACGGACUAGUAAUCCAACGAUUCAACCCAUGGCAGAAGUAAGUUCUAACAUGAUGCAGCCUCCGGCGCCAGUUGGACUGCCAGACGUCGGCACACCGACUGAUCAUGCUUGGCCGAUGUCGGUUCGGAACAACAUGUUUGAAGCAUGCCCUGGUGGUUCAUCAAAAGAGGAAGAUCAUUUAGAGCUCAAGAUUGCUGCUCCCUCAACCAUCAGAAUGCAUAACCGUUAA